AUGCUUACUUUAAAGAUUUUUGUUUACACAACUGUAAUCUUUUUUAUCUCUUUAUUCUUUUUCGGCUUUUUGUCUAAUGAUCCUUCAAGAAAUCCAAAUCGUAAAGAUUUAGAAUAA